CCUAUUAAUUUAUCGAUCUUUAUACAAUUUUAUAUUUAUAAUUAAAAAUAAAAAAGCUAUUAAAAUCUAUCUCCUCCCUCAAAUCUCACCUACACUGGUUUUGAAGCUGUGAAAAAUUUCAACCAGAACACAAUUCUUCUUCUUCGUCAUCAUCUUCAAUGGCCGAUUUUCCCGAAGGCUGCAUAGCCGAUAUCAUCUCCUUCACCACUCCUCGCGACGCAUGCCGCCUCUGUUCGGUGUCCACCACCUUCAGGUCCGCCGCCGAAGCCGACACCGUGUGGGAGAAGUUUCUCCCACCCGAUUCCUCCUCCCUCGUCGCUCGAUCCACACUUGUUCCGACCUUCUCUCGCCUGAAAGACUUGUACAUCUCCCUCUGCGAUCAACCCUUACUCAUCGAUGGGGGUAGAAAGAGCUUCUCACUGGAGAAAGAGACUGGAAAAAAGUGUUUCAUGCUAUCCGCGAGAGAGCUCUGUAUCGUUUGGGGUGGUGCUCCUCAAUAUUGGAAAUGGAUUUCUUCACCUGAUUCAAGGUUCGAAGAAGUGGCUAUGCUGAUUCGCGUGUGCUGGUUGGAGAUCAGUGGGAAGGUUGAAGUUUCCAUGCUAACUCCAUCGACGUCGUACACUGCAUAUCUGGUCUUCAAGCUAAGUGAUGAAGAUUUUUGGGGAUUUGACACCCAAGUAGGAUAUACUACAAUCAGACUUGUGGGAUCGGGGGAGACUGUUCGGGGAACAGCCGUUUUAGACGGCGAUUACGAGAGAGAAGAAGGAGAUGGGCAUAAUUAUCCCAAGGAGAGAGGAGAUGGGUGGAUGGAAACUGAGCUGGGUGAGUUUUUCUACCAUGGAAGACAAGAGGGGGAGCUGGAAAUGAAGUUUGAAGAUUUGAGUAGCCAUUGGAAGGAAGGUCUCAUAGUUCAUGGCAUUGAAAUUAGACCAAAAUAAGAUACACUGUUUAUGUUUGUUCAUAUUCUCAAAAUAUCUUGAAUUUUAUUUGAGAAAUAAUUGCAAAAAGUUAAAAAAAAAAAAAAAACAGAAAAGAAAAAAGAAUGGUUGUCGUUUGUUGAAUAAAAAAAAUUACUUGUCGUUUUGUGUUUUUGUAA